ACUGUAUUGUCGGUGCCUCCAUACCGCUUCCGAUACCACACCCGAGCGCCUAAAGCCCAAGUUAUGUGUACUGGGUACCCUGACCACCGCUGAAACCAUACCUGGUCUCGCAUCAAUCUUUGCAUGGCCACCUCGUCAUCACCUCUACAAUAGGUACUGUACUUUCCUCGGGCCACGGUACUCGGCCCGGUAAUCCUGCUCGUUUUGUUGACAAGUCUCCUGGUCACCUCCUGCGGCGAUCGGCCAUCAUCGCUGUGCCAGCGAGCGUCCGAAACAUGUCAGACCCCCUGUUGCCUGGCCGUUGUCUUCCCCAGAUCCCUGAAAAGGAGUUGUCAGGAUACGAGAGGUACAGGGAAAGAGAAGGAAACAAAUCAAAUUGAGUGAAGCCGGCGGCAGCAUUCGACUGGCCGAGAAAGAAUACAUUCCACUUUGGGCCGCAAUCACCUCCAUCCAAUAAAUCCUCACAUCAGCAACCCGCGGGCCUCAUCACCGAAUUCGGGGCCGCGAAAAGAAUUGAUCCAGUCUCUCAGCCGAUCCACCAAAAGGGCCUCUCACACCCUCUCAACAACACGGACGCACAUUUCGUACGAGUACGACUACGACCAUCAGCUCGUCAUCUUUACACUUUUCAGACGUGGACCGAUAAGGAUUGCGCUAGUUGGGCUUGCCUUGCCCCGUGCCCACAGAAGAGAAGGAAAAGAAGGUGUCGCCGCUGGGGGGGCCUUUCUCGGUGACUCUCCCACUGUUACGAUACGAGUACGGAGUAUUGUACGCCUGGCACGGGCACCGCCAACCCACAUUCCUAAGCACACUCGGCUGGACAAGCCUCGCCUCUUUCUGCAAUCUUCCGGCAGGAAAAAAAAAAUUCACAGGCACGACAAAACGCCGCAGACGCUCCAACCCCUGCUCCCCCCGGUCUCCAGUUUCUAGUCCGCAUUGCCGGAAUCACGUCGCACAGAACCGCGCAACCUCCCUCUACCCUUCUCCAACAUCAGGCUCAAUCCCUCCUUCGCAAAUUACUGCAUCUGACACUUCGUCACCUCCCUGAUUUCUUUUCCUCCCUUCUGCCCCCCGAAUUUCUCUGACCACACCAUUACGAGAACCACACCACUCAUCACCCUGUUUCGCAAACCGCCCGCGCUAGGACUGAAUCCAACUUCCAUUUCAAUCUACCGCCCUUCCGACCCCAGGUCUUUCGUCACGCACGCCCGCCCACUGUCCGACUCUUCCAGUGGAUGAUUCACCCCCACGAUAAGCGAUCAUCUUGGGGAAUCACAAAGCCUCUCCCUCUCCCUUGCUCGCUCGAAUGCAACCUUCUUCGUCUGCAGUAAACUUUACUGCUCUUCUCAACCCUUCUCCUUCCUCUUCCUCUUCCUCCCCAGCUCCCAACACCGUGGCCACCACGACAUCGCAACCACCGACAGAUAUCGCCUCCGGCACCCAGACAACAAACACUUCGUCGAGUACAACUCAGACUGACGGUAACAUGGCUGCCGCUGUCAGCCUGUUGCCCACCGCCAUGGCUCCUCAAGCGAACACAGAAGAGAGACAGGAUCUCCCUCGCCCUUACAAAUGCCCUCUGUGCGAUCGAGCCUUUCACCGCUUAGAACAUCAGACAAGACACAUUCGAACACACACAGGAGAAAAGCCUCACGCUUGCCAGUUUCCAGGGUGUAGUAAGCGUUUCAGUAGAUCCGACGAGUUGACUCGACACUCGCGGAUUCAUAACAACCCCAACUCGCGCCGGAAUCAGAAGACUCACCAGAUUGCCGCCGCCGCCGCCCUCACUGGCCUCCAGGAUGGAUCGAACCACAAUAUGUCUGUCCAUGCUCAAAUGAUGCCGCCGCCUAAUAAGAACGGCAUGCCACGAUCUGCUCCGACCUCUGCGGCUGGAUCACCCAAUGUCUCACCUCCUCACUCUUUCGCGGUACACGCUUCGCAUGUUCCAACCCCGUUGGGCCCCUUUGGGCGCCAUGACGAGAGGAACAACAUGGACAUCAAUUUGCUCGCUUCUGCUGCAUCCCAAAUUGAGAGAGACGACCACGUUACCCGUGUCCCUUACCAGCAUCAACAUCAUCUGUUUAGUCAUCGCAAUCACAACAGCAAUGGUCGCCUCCCGUCGCUCUCAGCUUAUGCUAUUUCGCAAUCCAUGUCCAGGUCACAUUCACAAGAAACUCAUGACGAUGACCACCGACAUAAGCGAUCCAGGCCGAACUCGCCUCAUUCAACCGCACCUUCGUCUCCCACUUUCUCUCACGAGUCGAUCUCGCCUACUCCAGACCACACACCUCUGGCCACACCUGGACAUUCGCCACGGCUCCGACCUCAUGGAAGUGAACUUCAACUCCCUGGCUUACGCCAUCUUUCAUUAGGUCACACACCACUCCUGGCUCCGAUGGAACCACAGGCCGAUGGCUCUUACUCCCAUAUCCCACCCCCACAACAUAGCGGACCUUCGAUUGCAGACAUUGUCACUGGUACGCAACGCAAGCUCCCCGUACCGCAACUUCCCAAGCUUGGAGUUUCCGACAUGUUACAUCCACCGAGUGGUCUGAGUUCGGGCGAGUCAAGUACAGCAGCCUCUAUCAACGGAGACUUUUCAAGAUGACUUGUUUAAAACAAUCAGCCUGGUGCCUAUUGUUUUGCCGGGAUUGGCAGGAACGGCAGGAAUGAAAGACGAGAUAUCUCAGUUUGGGUAUGGAGUUUGAGUGUCACUGUCUUUUCUACAUGCUUUGUUUGUUUUUGGUUUGAUGGUGUUUUCAGUGGAUAUAUUUUCUAUAGACAAGUGUCGCGAGUUUGGGCGACCUGGUACAAGAACAGCAGCGAGGUGCAAGGUAUAGACGGGAAGGAACAACAUUGUGGUUUUUGCGCCAGAUGGCGGCAUCGAAUAGAACGGGUUCUUCAGUGAGAGGGCAUUGAAUGCCAGGCUUAAGGCUGUGUGGAAGAAACAAAUGGGUUAUUGACUUUCAGCUCUAUGUACGCAACUCUAUCAAGCAGCCAAUCCUACAGUUACAUGUGUAGUCAGUCAGUUACAGAUGACCACAAUCAAUGAUUUUAGCAGCCAAA